AACCAUCUCUGUUCCAUUCUUGUCCUUAUCUAUAGGGACACAGUAGUCAAAUGGCGACUCUGAAAAUAAUUGUUAUCGGACAAAAAGAAAUCGUUUUUUUUCUUCCAAGGAUUCCCAUGGACUUGUCCAUGCUUAUCUCAUCAACUUCAUAUAAAUCGAAUCAUUGGUAAUUUGAGUCCCGAAGCAAAAUUCCUUUACUUCUUUGAUCUUUCACCUCCACUGCUGCGGAGCAAGUGUCCCGGCACUGGAAAAAAAUGGCUGAAAUUAAGACCGAUACUGCUCAUGAGCACCAUCUGAUAGUAGCAGAAGUCGAUAUUUCGGACCAAAAGCCACCACAACCACCAGGGCGUGUUGCUUCACUUGACAUCUUUAGAGGCCUCACGGUGGCGUUAAUGAUAUUGGUUGAUGAUGCUGGAGGAGAAUGGCCAAUGAUAGGACAUGCACCAUGGAAUGGUUGCAAUCUGGCUGAUUUUGUGAUGCCAUUCUUUCUGUUCAUAGUUGGGAUGGCUAUUCCUCUUGCUCUCAAGAGAAUAACAAGCAGAAGUCAAGCUGUUAAGAAAGUGAUUUUCAGAACUUUAAAACUCCUCUUUUGGGGUCUCCUACUACAAGGAGGCUUCUCCCACGCUCCUGACAAAUUGACUUAUGGUGUUGAUAUGAAGGAAAUAAGGUGGUGUGGCAUUCUUCAGAGAAUUGCUUUUGCAUAUCUAAUAAUGUCACUGGUGGAAAUCUUUACAAAAGAUACGAAUCCUAAGGAUCUUCCGCCUGGCCGGUUCUCUAUGUUCAGGUUAUAUUGCUGGCAUUGGCUGGUGGGAGCAUGUGUUCUUGUCAUUUACUUGGCUGUAAUUCAUGGGACACGUGUCCCUGAUUGGCAGUUCACCAUCCAUGAUAAAGAUAGUCCUGAUUUUGGCAAGGUUUUCAAUGUAACCUGUGGUGUUAGAGGAAAGUUGGAUCCUCCUUGUAAUGCAGUUGGCUACAUUGACAAAAAAGUCCUAGGACUUGCCCACAUGUAUCAGCGUCCAGCCUGGAGGAGAUCUAAGGCUUGCACAGAGAAUUCCCCAUAUGAGGGACCUUUCCAAAGUGAUGCUCCAUCAUGGUGCCGUGCACCUUUUGAACCUGAAGGAAUCAUAAGCUCUAUAUCUGCUAUUCUGUCUACUAUCAUAGGAAUUCAUUUUGGACAUAUCCUUGUACACUUGAAGGAUAAUUCAAGUAGGUUGAAGCAUUGGAUUCUUCUGGGAUUUGCUCUUCUCAUUGUGGGUUUUGUUCUUCAUUUUACGCAUGUGGUACCCCUAAAUAAACAGUUGUAUACUUUUAGCUAUGUUUGUGUAACAUCAGGAGCUGCAGCUUUGGUGUUUUCAGCUAUCUAUAUUCUGGUUGAUAUUUGGGGUUUAAAGUUCCUCUUUCUGCCAUUUCAAUGGAUUGGCAUGAAUGCCAUGCUUGUAUAUGUUAUGGCUGCUGCAGGCAUCUUUGCUGGCUUUAUGAAUGGCUGGUACUAUGAUGACCCUCAUAAUACCCUGAUAUAUUGGAUUAAAAAGCAUAUUUUUAUUGGAGUUUGGCAUUCGCAACGAAUAGGCAUUCUGCUCUAUGUUAUCUUCGCGGAGAUCCUCUUCUGGGGUAUUGUUUCAGGCAUCUUGCAUAGCCAAGGAGUUUAUUGGAAGCUUUAGCUAUUCAUUGGAUAUAUAUUUUAUUGAAGUGGUUACAAGUUGAUCAAGGAUUAUUACUUGCUAGUGUAUCAUGUAUCUUUCCUGUUGGCAUUGUAGCUUAAUGCAGUUGAUAUGAUAUUUGCUCUGUUGGCUUCUACAUCAAAAAUUUCUGUAUAGAUUAUAAACUUGCCCAUCUUUUUCUAUCUGUUACCCUGAAUUCUACCAUUUAAAUUGCUUCCAGAGAAAUAAAUUUUAAUCAAAUAAGAGUUCUGAAAA